UUUCUCUCCACUUAUGAAGCACUUUCCUCUCAUCCUUCUUUUAUAAUCCUUCUUCCUUCUAAUAUAAAAACCAUUCCUUCCUUCACUCAAAACACUCACUGGAAAUCAAGAGAGAGAGAGAAAAAACAUUGAAAACGUCUCUACAAUGGCUCUUGAAACGUUGAAUUCUCCAACUUCAGCACCUCCACUGCUCGGCCACCAUGACAUAGUGGAGCUCCACUGUGUUGAGCCAUGGAUGAAGAGGAAAAGAACGAAACGACCCAGAACUGAAAACCCACCUACAGAAGAAGAAUACUUAGCUCUUUGCCUUCUCAUGCUGGCUCAGGGAACCACUUCUACCACCGCAAAAAGUUCCUUCAAUCAUUACAAGUGUAAAGUUUGUAACAAAGGGUUUCCAACUUAUCAAGCUUUAGGUGGACACAAGUCCAGUCACCGGAAACUUGUCGUUGGAGCUGACGAACACCCUACCACUACCGCUCCUGCAGAAGAUAAAUUCUCCACUGCUGCCAUAGCCACAACGACUAAAAAUUCACCUCCUCCCGUGGCGAACAACCAAGGUUGCAAGAUUCAUACAUGUUCGAUCUGUUACAAGACGUUUUCUUCGGGUCAAGCCUUGGGAGGACAUAAACGAUGCCACUACGAUACCGGCAAUGGCAGCAGCAGCAACAAUAACAGCGGUGGCGAUGGUGUUAAAUCAUCGAGCCAAAGUCAACGUGACUUCGACUUGAAUUUACCUGCAGGACCGGAGGAAACUAGUAUCGACAACGUUCAUCGGAAAAAUAAACUUGCCGGCAAAGAUGAAGGGGUGGAAAGCCAUUUCACCGACGGCGACUACCACGUUUGUUGAAUGUUGUUGUAAAAG